GGCGGCGGCAGGUGGCGCGGGAGGCUGCGGGCACCAUGGGGCUCCCGGCGCUGCUGGCCAGCGCGCUCUGCACCUUCGUGCUGCCGCUGCUGCUCUUCCUGGCCGCCGUGAAACUCUGGGAUCUGUACUGCGUGAGCAGUCGCGACCGCAGCUGCCCCUUCCCUUUGCCUCCGGGGACCAUGGGCUUCCCCUUUUUUGGAGAAACAUUGCAGAUGGUGCUGCAGCGAAGGAAGUUCCUGGAGAUGAAGCGUAGGAAUUACGGCUUCAUCUACAAGACGCAUCUGUUUGGGCGGCCCACGGUGCGGGUGAUGGGCGCGGACAACGUGCGGCGCAUCCUGCUAGGCGAGCACCGGCUGGUGUCGGUCCAUUGGCCCGCCUCGGUGCGCACCAUCCUGGGCUCCGGCUGCCUUUCCAGCCUGCACGACUCCUCGCACAAGCAGCGCAAGAAGGUGAUCAUGCGGGCCUUCAGCCGGGAUGCACUCCAGUGUUAUGUACCGGUGAUUGCAGAAGAAGUGGGCAACAGUUUGGAGCAGUGGCUGAGCUGCGGCGAGCGCGGCCUCCUGGUCUACCCGCAGGUGAAGCGCCUCAUGUUCCGAAUAGCCAUGCGCAUCCUGCUGGGUUGCGAGCCCAGCUUGGCUAGCGGCGGAGAAGCCGAGCAGCAGCUGGUGGAGGCCUUCGAGGAAAUGAUCCGUAAUCUCUUCUCUCUGCCCAUCGACGUGCCGUUCAGCGGGCUGUACCGGGGCGUGAAGGCGCGGAACCUCAUCCACUCGCGCAUCGAGGAGAACAUCCGCGCCAAGAUCUGCGGGCUGCAGGCGGCGCCAGCGGGCGGCGGCUGCAAAGACGUGCUGCAGCUGCUGAUCGAGCACUCUUGGGAGAGGGGAGAGAGGCUGGACAUGCAGGCACUAAAGCAAACUUCAACUGAACUCCUCUUUGGAGGACAUGAUACCACGGCCAGUGCAGCAACAUCUCUGAUCACUUACCUGGGCCUCUAUCCUCAUGUCCUCCAGAAAGUGCGGGAGGAGCUUAAGAGUAAGGGCUUACUCUGCAAGAGCAAUCAAGACAACAAACUGGACAUUGAAAUUUUGGAACAGCUUAAAUACAUUGGGUGUGUGAUUAAAGAGACCCUUCGCCUGAAUCCCCCGGUUGCAGGAGGAUUUCGGGUGGCUCUUAAGACAUUUGAAUUAAAUGGAUACCAGAUUCCCAAGGGCUGGAAUGUUAUCUAUAGUAUCUGUGAUACUCACGAGGUGGCAGAUAUCUUCACCAACAAGGAGGAAUUCAAUCCUGACCGAUUCAUGCUACCUCACCCUGAGGAUGCAUCUAGAUUCAGCUUCAUUCCAUUUGGAGGAGGCCUUCGAAGCUGUGUUGGGAAAGAGUUUGCAAAAAUCCUUCUCAAAAUAUUUACUGUAGAGUUGGCCAGGCAUUGUGACUGGAGGCUUCUUAAUGGACCUCCUACAAUGAAGACCAGUCCCACCAUGUGCCCUGUGGAUGAUCUCCCAGCAAGGUUCACCCGUUUCCAGGGGGAAAUCUGAUGGGUGUGAAUGCCCUGACCAUGGACUUUAUUUGAAAGUGUAUAUAGGAGAUUUUACAUAGUCUCAUGUUGAGUUUAUUAUAUUUAAUUUCUAAAUGUAUAUUACCAUAUUUAUGUGUCUCUAGCAUGGUACCACAACUUUUAAAUAUUAAAAUAAUGAAUUUGUAUAGUUUCCAAAUAAAGUAAAAACUGAAGAUG